AUGUCGCCUGCACCAGUCCAAGUCAAUCCUUCCUCCAAACUCCCAUCCCCCGGUUUCAACGCCGGUGCCCGACCCUAUCGAUCUCACAAGGUCCGCGCCUGUGAUUUGUGUCGCAAGCGCAAGUCCCGAUGUACUGUGGACAUUCCCGGUCAAUCAUGCUUGCUAUGUCGUGUGCAAGGGGCCGAUUGCCACUACCAAGAAGAGGGUAACAUGGAAGCUGCAAUCAUGAGUGCCCCGGAGUCGAAAUCCUGGCCGGCUCCUCUAGCUGUGGAUGCUGCGUCGGGACAAAAGCGCAAGCGUAGUCCCGAUGACCUUUCCCGCAUAACCCAAAAUGGGCCAGCACGGCAGCCGCCGAACGGGCCUAGCCCUCACGGAACGAAUUCGUCGAGUGGUCGUCGAGGAAGUGAUUCCCGUCGGAGAGAUACGGAGGAUCCCCAAAACGAGUCAGUGCUCAUCGUCGGCCCUAUGGUUGCGGAGGAUGCGCAGGUCAUUGAGAAACACAUGCCCCCGGAACGGACGAGCUUAUCGGAAGAGCCCAAGAGUCACCCGUACAACAUCUACUCGAGCGAUCCGCGCAAACCAGUUCUCUACACCACAAUCUCACGGCGAAGGAAGGGUAUGCGGAAAGGAACUCCUCCUGGUGAGAAUCAGAAAGAGGUCCUUGAGCAAAUCCUGGGGCCUUUCAAGCAUGAUCUAGUGAGACUCUUCAUUGACCGUUUCAAUGUCUCUUUUCCUAUAUUUGACGGCGAAUCGUUCUGGGAAUCAUAUAUCACUGAGGACCUGCACGACCCUCCAGCAGCACUUGUGUGCCAAGUAUAUUCCAUGUCCCUUGUAUAUUGGAAACACACGCCGAAGCUUGCAUGUCAUCCGAAGCCUGACGUUCGAUACGCGGUCAACAUGACCGUUGCUGCAUUACAUGAGGAGUUCUCAGCCCCCGGAUUGGAUACAAUCAGCGCUGCCCUAAUUGACCUAACUGGACGACCGAUUUUCUCCAUGACUGGCAACGCUGUCAGUUGCGGCCGCAUGUUAUCAUUAGCCAAUUGUCUUGGUCUAAAUCGUGACCCCAGCAACUGGAAGCUAUCCCAGUCCGAGAAGAACCAACGCAUUCGUCUGUGGUGGGGAGUUGUAAUUCACGAUCGUUGGGGGAGUUUUGGUCACGGUGUGCCGCCCCAGAUAUCUAAAAAUCAAUAUGAUGUACCUCUACCCACGGUGGAUGUACUAGUUCCACCAGACCUGCGCACUACGGAGCGUGUGAGGGCAGCACACUGCCACAUCUACCUCUGUCGAUUGACAGAAAUUUUGGGUGAACUCUUGCCGCUGGUCUACGGCUUACAACAUAAGCCUGCACGCGAGACAUCCAAGAAGCUCAGACAAAUCCGGAACGAUCUCGAUAUAUGGGAAGACUACCUACCGGACUGGUUGAGAGGACCCACAAUCCAUACCGCUGAACGUAUAUACGGAGCGAGCAGCCUGCAGUUGGCUUUUCUAGCUGUGAAAAUGCUUGUCAGCCGAGUUGAACUAAAUGAAGUGAACAAUGCCGAGACAGAAAAUCUCGAGGCCCGCCGUUAUUUCCAAACCGAAUGCAGAAGGUCAGCAGAGGAGAUCGUUGCAUUCAUCAUUUCCUUGCGAAAGGAUAAUUUCAAGGAGUUUUGGCUACCCUACAGCGCCUUCCAUCUCACAUCGACGGCCACACUAUUGGUCCGCUGUGCCUUUGAAACGACCGACAGCGACGUUGCACGAUCGUGUCUCGCGAACGUCGAAACCCUUCGCACGGUGUUGCGUCGUGUCCGGGAAGAAGAAGAUUGGGAUGUAGCGGACAUGUGUCUCGAUCACUGCGAGCGCAUCAUGCACCGGCUUCCUGGAACUGGUGCCUCGAUGGACCAGCCAUUCACAACGUCCAUGGUAGACAAUGGGCUGGUCAACCCGGCCGCGAUAUCGCUACCUGAGACUCAGACUAACAAUGAUAUCGUCGACGACAUGAUGUCAAUCUCUAAUACUUUUGGGACGAUGGAUGGUUUCCCCUUCGACAUGACAGGAAUAUGGGACGUCUCGGUCUUCCAAGAUGUGAACCUGACUUAA